GCUUUGCUUUGUGGUACGGCAGCAAAAAAUUAUAGAAAUUUGUUAAGAAGACAAAAAGAAAUGAAUGUGAAAAUGAAAUUGAAAGUAAGCUAAAUAAAGAGGCAAGCGAUGAGCGGAAUAGCGGAACAGCGAAGUGCUGCAAACGCACCUGCAGAAAAAUAAAAAGAAUGAAAAAUUGUGAUUUGGUAUAAAAUGUUUUUGAUAAAAGUACUUGCGUUACAUCUUCCCGGUUUCUUUACUGUUAACAGAAUUUUGAACGUAAGUGAGCUGCCUUGCCGACGGUGAAAAUAUUAUUGGCGAUUACGCUGACUUUGCCGUCGCAAGAUUUUCGAUGAGUUGAAAAAAGUGAACGGAUGUGUAUUUGUGUUUGGAGUGGCAACGAAUCAAUGCAUGAAAUUCAUUAAUGGGUUCCGCCAGCGAAGAUGAAGACGACGAUGAUCCGCCACAUUUGCGCGGGCCACCACUCGGCCUGGGCGUAUUAGGACCGAAUGGCCCAGACUCAGCGGGUGGACCAUUGGGAGCAUCCGAUAUCUCAGUACAAAGUAUGAGCACGGAUAGUAAAAACACGCAUGACGACUCCGAUCAGGGUUCCUUAGAUGGUGAUCCUGAUGGUCGUGGCGAUUCGCAAGCGGAGAACAAGAGUCCUGACGAUGCGAACGGCUCGAAGCGACGUGGCCCGCGAACGACGAUAAAAGCCAAACAAUUGGAAGUACUGAAAACGGCAUUUAAUCAAACACCGAAACCGACACGGCAUAUUAGGGAACAAUUGGCCAAGGAGACGGGGUUGCCAAUGCGUGUGAUACAGGUUUGGUUCCAGAAUAAACGUUCCAAGGAGCGACGCAUGAAGCAAAUCACCAGCAUGGGACGUCCACCGUUCUUUGGCGGUGCGCGUAAAAUGCGCGGCUUUCCCAUGAAUCUCUCACCUGGUGGUCUCGAUGAUGGUCCUGGCUUCCCCUAUUUCGCGGCUGAUGGCAAAUUUGAGUUUGGUUACGGUGGACCACCAUUCCAUCCGCACGAUGGACCGUUCUUCCCAGGACAUCCUGGUGGGCCGAUGCCAUUUAAUACACCAGGUGGACCCAUGGAUCAUACAGGCCCCAUACCAAUGGUGAAUGAAUUCGGUCUUACGCCCGAAUCGCAAUUCCUCAGUCAAGCUGGUGGCCCACCGAUGAGCAUACAAUCGGCUGGUGGACCACCACCACCUCCUGAACAUCUACUUGCUGCGCAACAACAGGCACAACAACAAGCACAACAGCAGCAACAACAACAACAACCGAAUGGCCCGCGCUCAGCAUCACCGGAAUUUCUAACAGCGGCGAACUUCAGUGAGCCAUCGAAUAUGCAAAAUGAGGGACUGGUUUGGUAA